GUAUUUGUCUUUCUCUGACUGACUGACUUCACUUAGUAUUAUAUUCUCUAGCUCCAUCCAUGUCACUGCAAAUGGCAAGAUCUCAUUCUUUUUGAUGGCUCUGUUUUAUAUAUACACACACACACACACACACACACACACACACCACAUCUUUAUCAGUCAAUGACACUUGGGCUGUUUCCAUAAUUUGGCUACUGUAGAUAAUACUGCUAUAAACAUAAGGGUGCAUGUAUCCCUUUGAAUUAGUAUUUUUGUAUUUGGGUACAUACCUGGUAGUGCAAUUGCUGGGUCAUAGGGUAGUUCUAUUUUUAACUUUUGAGGAACCUCCAUACUGUUUUCCACAGUGGCUGCACCAGUUUGCAUUCCCACGAACAGUUUACCCUUUUCCCACAUCCUCACCAACACCUGUUUCUUGUGUUGUUGAUUUUAACCAUUCUGACAGGUGUGAGGGGAUAUCUCAGUGUAGUUUUGAUUUGCAUUUCCCUGAUUAUGAGUGAUGUUGAGCAUCUUUUCAUGUGUCUGUUGGCCAUCUGGAUGCCUUCUUUGGAAAAAUGUCUAUUCAGGUAUUCUGUCCAUUUUUUAAUUGAAUGAUUCAUUUUUUGGGUGUUGAGUUUUAUAAGUUCUAUCUAGUGGAUACUAACCUUUUAUCAGAUAUGUGAUUUGCAAAUAUCUUGUCCCGUUUUGUAGGUUGCCUUUUAGUUUUAUUGUUUCCUUUGCUGUGCAGAAGCUUUUUAUUUUGAUGAAGUCCCAGUAGUUUAUGUUUGCUUUUGCUUCCCUUGCCUCAGGAGACCUAUCUAGUAAGAAGUUGCUACAGCCAAUGUCAAAGAGGUUACUGCCUGUGUUCUCCUCUAGGAUAUUGAUGGUUUCAGGUCUCACAUUUAGGUCUUUCAUGCAUUUCUUUAAAGAUUUUAUUUGUUUAUUUAUUUAAAGAGGGAGAGGGAGAGACAGAAUCUCAAGCAGACUCUGCACUGAGCAUAGAGCCUGACGUGGGGCUCAAUCUCACAACCCUGAGAUCAACACCUGAACUGAAAUUAAGAGUCGGAUGCUUAACCGACUGAGCCACCCAGGCACCUCUAGGUGUUUCAUCCAUUUUUUUUUUUAAAUCUUUUAAACGAAAGAUUUUGUUUCUUUAUUUGUCAGAGAGAGAGAGUGCACGCAAACGGGGAGCGGCAGACAGAGGGAGAAGCAGGCUCCCCGCUGAGCAGGGAGCCCAAUGCGGGGCUCAAUCCCAGGACCCUGGGAUCAUGACCUGAGCCAAAGGCAGACACUUAACCGACUGAGCCACCCAGGUGCCCGUCUCAUCCACUUGGAAUUUAUGUUCGGGUAUAGUGUAAGAAAGUGGUCUAGUUUCAUUCUUCUGCAUGUUGCUGUCCAGUUUUCCCAACAUCAUUUGUUGAAGAGACUUUUUCCCAUUGGAUAUGCUUUCUUUCUUUGUCAAAGAUUUAUUGACCAUACAGUUGUGGGUUCAUUUCUGGGAUUUCUAUUCUGUUCCAUUGAUCUCUGUGUCUAUUUUGAUCACCACAGCUUUGUGUUACAACUUGAAGCCCAGAAUUGUGAUGCCUCCAGCUUUGCUUUUCUUUUUCAAGGUUGCUUUGACUAUUCGGGGUCUUUUGUGGCUCCAUACAAAUUUUAGGAUUGUUUGUUCUAGCUCUGUGAAAAAUGCUGUUGGUAUUUUCAUAAGGAUUGCAUUAAAUCUGUAGAUUGCUUUGGGUACUAUAGACAUUUUUUUUGAAGUGGUAUAGUGUUACUUUAUUUUUUUAUUAUGUUACACUAGUCACCAUACAGUACAUAAUUAGUUUUUGAUGUAGUGUUCCGUGAUUCAUUGUUUGCGUAUAACACCCAGUGCUCAUUACAAACACGUGCUCUCCUUAAUACCCAUCACCCGGCUCCCCCAUCCCCCUACCCUCGCCUCUAAAACCCUCAGAUUGUUUCCUGGAGUCCAGAGUUGCUCAUGGUUCGUCUUCCCUCUGAUUUCCCCCCUUUGGUUUUCCCUUCCUUCCCCUAAUGUCCUCUGUGCUAUAGACACUUUAACAAUAUUUGUUCUUCCAAUCCAUGAGCAUGGAAUUUUUUUUUUUUUACAUCUCUUUGUUUCAUCUUCAAUUUCUCUCAUCAGUGUUUUACAGUUUUCAGAAUACAGGUCUUUCACCUCUUUGGUUAGGUUUAUUCCUAGGGAUCUUACUAUUUUUGGUGCAGUUGUAAAUGGGAUUGAUUCCUUAAUUUAUCUUUCUGCUGCUUCAUUAUUGGUGUAUAGAAAUGCAACAGAUUUCUGUAUGUUGUGUAUCCUGUGACUUUACUGAAUUUGUGUAUCAGUUUUAGCAGUUUUUUGGUGGAGUCUUUCAGGUUUUCCACAUGGAGUAUCAUGUCAUCUGCAAAUAGUGAAAGUCUGACUUCUUCCUUGCCAAUUUGGAUGCCUUUUAUUUCUUUGUGUUGUCGAAUUGCUGUGUCUAGGAUUUCCAGUACUAUGUUGAACAACAGUGGUGAGAGUGGACAUCCCUGUCGUCUUCCUGACCAUAGCGGGAAAGCUCUGUUUUUUCCCAUUAAGGAUAAUAGUAGCUGUGGGUUUUUCAUAUAUGGCCUUUAUUAUGUUGUGCUUUGUUCCCUCUAAACCUACUUUGUUGAGGGUUUUUAUCAUGAAUGGAUGCUGUACUUUGUCAAAUGCUUUUUCUGCAUCUAUUGAAAGGAUCAUAUGGUUCUUAUCCUUUCUUUUAUUAAUGUAGUGUAUCACAUUGAUUGAUUUGCGAAUAUUGAACCACCCUUGCAACCCAGGAAUAAAUGCCACUCAAUCGUGGUGAAUGAUUAUUUUAAUGUACUGUUGGAUUUGGUUUGCUAGUAUUUUAUUGAGAAUUUUUGCAUCUGUGUUCAUCAGGGAUAUUAGCCUGUUCUGUUUUUUAGUGGAGUCUGUCUGGUUUGGAAUCAGGGUAAUAGAGUGAAUUUGCAAGUUUUCCUUCAUUUUCUGUUUUUUGGAAUAGUUUGAGAAAAAUAGCUUUUAACUCUCUUUAAAUGUUUGGUAGAAUUCCCCUGGGAAGCCAUCUGGUCCUGGACUUUUGUUUGUUGGGAGAUUUUUUAUUAUUGAUUCAAUUUCUUUGCUGGUUAUGAAUCUGUUCAAUUUUCUAUUUCUUCCUGUUUCAGUUUUGGAGUUUAUAUGUUUCUAGGAAUUUAUCUAUUUCUUCUAGGUUUUUGAUUUAUUGUCAUAUAGUUUUCAAUAAUAUUCUCUUACAGUUUGUAUUUCUGUGGUGUUGGUUGUGAUCUCUCCUCUCUCAUUUGUGAUUUUAUUUAUUUAGGUCCUUUCUCUUUUCUUUUUAAUAAGUGUGGCUAGAGGUUUAUCAAUUUCAUUAAUUUUUUUCAAAGAACCAGCUUCAUUUAGGAGCAUGAACUUUAAUUGCAUUUUUAUUUGCUUGUCGAGUUACUUCUUUAUAAUUGGAUCAACUUUGAGUAUCUCAUAAUAGUUUCUUCCUGCUGUGUAACAAAUUAUCUCAAACUUUACAGCUUGCAGCAACACCAAUUUAUUAUUAUAAUUUUAGUGGUUCAGAAGCCAGGUGGGCUCGACUGGGCACCCUAGUCAGGGUCACACAAGACCAAAAUCAAGUUGUUGACAGGGCUGCCAUCAUUACUGGAAUUCAGUUCCUUCUCUGAAGUUCCGUGUAGGGCCCUUCAUCUUCAAAGUAGGAAGAGUGUAUUGAGUCUCUCGAAUGCUUUAAAUAGUUCUGACUUCAACUUCCACCACAUCUCUCUGACCCUUUCUGCCUUCCUGUUCCACUUUUAAGACCUUUAUGAUUACUUUGGGUCCACCCAGAUAUUUCAGGAUCAUCUCUCUCUCUCAAGACCAGCUGAUUAGUUACAGCUAAUUCCAUCCACAGUUUCUUUAACUAUGUAACAUAACAUAUUCAUAGGCAUAACACCAAAGGGGAAAGGUGGAGAGAAGCAAAAUUUUGCCUACCACAGGUAUAAUUUACGUAAAAUGAAACACACAGAUUUUUAAUAUGCAAUUUGAUAAGUUUUGGCAAAUGCAUACAAGUUACAUCACCGCCACCUUAAUCAACAUGUAGAACAUUUACAUCAAUCCUUCUGCAACUUUCCGGUGAGUCUCAUUACCCUGACCUGGCCCCUGGCAACAAGCUGCUUUCUGGAUUCAUUUUUGACUAUUUAAGACUUUUACAUCAUUAGAAUCAUACAGUAUGCACUCUUCAGUGUCUGGCUUUUUAUCUUUACCAUCAUGAUUUGGAAAUUCAUCCAGAUUGUUGCAUGAAGUAAUUUUAUUAUUUGUAUUGCUGAUUACUGCUCCAUUAUGGGACUAUAUCACAAUUUGUAUAUCUAUUCACUGCCCUAUGGACCUUUGGAUUGUUUCCAGUUUGGGGGCUAAUAUAAAGAAAACUUCUAUGAGCAUUCCUGCACAAGCUUUUGUGUGGACAUCUGUUUUUAUUUAUCUUAGUUAAAUAUCUAGGAAUGAAAUUGCUGGAUCAUAUGGGAAAUGCAUGUUUAACCAUAAAUGGUUGUACCAUUUAUACUCCCACCAGCAACACAUGAGAGUGCCAGUUACAACACAUCCUGGACAAUACUUGAUGUUGCCAGUAUUUAAGUUCAGCCAGUAUUUAAGUUUAGUCAUUUUAAUGACUCUGUGGUGGUAUCUCACUGUAUGUUUAAUUUGCAUUUCUCUGAUAACUAAAGAUUCUGAGCAUCUUUGCAUGUGUAAUUGGCUGUUCCUAUAUUUCCUUUGAUGAAAUGUCUGUUCAGAGCUUUGGCCCAUUUUAAAAUUGGGUUGUUUGUCUUGUUACUUUUGAGUUUUGAGAAUUCUGUAUAUAUUCUGGAUACAUUUUCAGAUGUACUCAUUUUAAAUAUUCUGUCCUAGCACAAAGUUUUUCAUUUUGAUGAAGUCCAGUUUAUCUAUUUUUUUCCUUUGGUUGCUUGUGCUUUUGAUGUCUUAUCUAAGAAACUAUUGCCAAAUCCAGGGUCAUACAGAGUUAUACCUAUAUUUGCUCCCAAGAGUUUUAUAAUAUUAGCUCUUAUAUUUAGGCCUUUGAUACACUGAAUUAAUUUUUGUGUGUGGUAUGAGGAAUGGAUUCAAGUUCCUUCUACAGUUGUGCAGUGUUAAUGACCGUAAAGCAGAGGCCCAGAUGGUCAGUAGUCUGAUCUCUAACUGAACAAUUAGCCACUUAUCCAUUAAUGUAGGUGUUGUUAAAAAUUAUUAAAAUAAUUGUACUUAGUACAUUCUAUUUUGUAUUGUAACUUCCCUCUAGCAUGCAGCCUGUGGUAUAGUGAAUAACUGUAAAAUUGAAUUGAAUGGAGAAAAUGGUGUAUUUGUUAUCCAGCUUUCUGUUGUUGUGCAAGCAGUCACAUGUAUUUUUACCAGGAAAAAGUUGAUAGAACUUUUAUUUUGAUGAUACCAUUUUAUAGCCUAGAUUAUUUUGAUACUGAUUAACGGGAUAAGCUGACUCUGGACACAUCCUGACAACCUCUGCCAAAUUUUGAAAUAAACAUCUGGGGAAAUUCAGUUUUAUAUUAUCUGUUCCUGCAGCUGCUCAACUUCUUCUAAGCAAAGGUCAGGGAAUAUAAUAGGUUUUCCGAUUCUUUUUAGAUAAAAUGUGAAAGAACAGUUCAUGUGAAGGACAUUGUUGCCAAAUAUAUUUGGCAAGAUUUAUAUAUCAAAUCCCAAGGGAAAUGCACAAACAAAAAUCCCACAGAAGUUAGGAAGGAGUAAAACCCAUGAACCCUGGAACAUUUUGUCACUUAUUGUGCAGAUUACCCUGAAACUGACACAGGCACAUACAUCACGUGUUUCUGCACCAGUGGAAACUAUUCACUCUAAUAGAAAAGGUCCUAAAUACGUUCAUCUCAGAACUGAAUCACAUAUCUGGAAGGUGCUGAUGCUCUUAGGAAUGUCCCUUUGAAUAGGGACUCCUAUUGUGGACCAUGUCCCACUAAACGAGAGCCUAGGCCUUCUGUUUCUCUGUCCCACAACCUUAUUUCUUUUGCCUCUGAUUUUUGCCUCUUUCCUUAGAGGGAGAAAAAAGUGUUUCUGUGUGCUCUUGAUCCUGUUCCCUCUAGGCUAUUCCAAGCUCUUGCUCUAGUAAACGUUUUGUGUGUCUUAUAUUUUCAUUUUAGUAAAAAAUAUUAAAGUGGAAGCACUGUGCUAGCGAAUGUCCAAAUACCUGUCUCUUGACAUGGGUCUCAGUUUUGUUAACAAACUGGUGGAAGCUUUGGAGAAACUGGGUGGAGUAGACUCUGCAGAACCAAGGAAACAAAAUGGAAAAAGGGACGAGUUGAUGAGUGUAGAAGGGCAUAAUUCUCAAAGUGGCCAGGAAGUGGGACAGAUGGAAUGAACAUACCAUACCAUCAUGUGCACCCCUCUGUUCAGACCCUUUUCCCUGCGUCGGACCUGUGGGGGAAGGGCUGCUUUCGGAAAGGGGGGGUGGUUUCUGGUGCCUGUGGUGCGGGUGUGAGCGCGGCCACCAUGGCUCCCAGAACCAUCCCAUUUCUGUCUUCACCACGACCUCCCCCACCCACUCACCUGCCAUGUCCUUGCUUGUAUGGGGAGGGGGGCAGCUUCUUCAGCUCCCAGUGGCCUGCUCCAUGCCUCUCAGGUGGUUGGCUGCCCUUGGCUGGUGCACAUUUGUGCCCGCCCUGCGUUGACGGCAUCCCGACCCCCCCCCUUGUAAUCAUGCCCUUGGGGCUCCUUUUCUGGCCCAUGCCCCUUUGGUAUGAGUAGCCCCAAGUGGCCCCCUAGUUUCUAAUUCAGUGAGACUUUUGCAUUUUCACUGUGGGAAUCUUGUACACUGGGAGCUCACAGCUGUAGGGAGGGUUGGCACAGACUCCCCAGAAAGGUCACAGUGGGGUGAUGGUGAGUUGAGCUUCUUUUGCUGCCACCAUCUUUGCAUCAGUGCAUAUGCAGCACCUUGGAGCUCUCGCAGGGCCCCGGCUUCAAGUUGGAGCUUCAGUUGUGCUUUAAGAAGUUAUUUCACUGGACUCUCUGUCUGGUAGCUUCUGGAUGGGGUGGCAUGUGAUAAAGCCAAUGGAUGCCAUGGUCAUGGGCCCACUCCAGCACCUCCUUUAUUGUAUAGUGGGUCCCCUGGUCAGACAUGAUGUUAUAUGGAAUCCCACAUUAGUGAAUCAAACCCUCUGUAAGCCUUCAGUGGGGCUUGCCAAGGCCUUGCAGGCAGGAAAGACUAAAUAUGUGUCUCAAUCACAAUGAAGUGUUAUCCUUUCUACAAUGGGAAGGGGUCCAAUGCAGUCAACUUGCCACUGACCAGCUGGCUGGUCUCUACAGUGGACGGCAGUAUUGUGCAUUCAGGAUUGGUUUCGGCUUCUGGCAGGUUGGACUUUCAGGGACAAUAUUAGGUAUAUUAGCUUUAGCAGGAACCCAUGCUUUUGGGGCUGCAUAAAUUCUCUUCCUGCCACCAUAGCCACUUAUCUCACAUUUUGCCAGCACUGGGAUGGCCCAUGCAGAGGUUGGCUGAUGUUAAUUUCCAGUCAUUAGAUGCUCCCUGGUGGCAUUAACAUAUGAUAUGGAGAUUUUUCUAUUUUGUGCCCACUCACUAAUAUGUCUUUACCCCAGAUAUCCUUGUCCCUGAUAUCCCAAUCCUGUUAAUUCUAGGCCCUCAGCUAGACGGCCAAACCAUUUGCUGAUAUCCAUUCGUCCGUAUAUAUUUGAACCUUGGGCCAUUUCUCUUUCUACACAACCAAUAGCAUUGACUUGCACCUGCAUAUCAAGCUGGCCCAUCUGUAAAUAAAUCUCAGGCUUCUUCCUCCACUAGCAGCUGGUCAUCAGGGAUCCCCUACGUGACCAUAGAUGUAAUCUGAAGUAGAGGUACCAAUAUAGCAGAAAUGAAUGAGAUGGGUCUCUGACAACCUGCUCAUACAGCCUGCUUGUGCCCACUAAUCCAUGCAGAUCCUCAUUCCUUCCUCUGUAAAUCAACUCCUUUUACUGGGAGCACUUCCUUGUCCGUACGCCAGCCCCUGGCCCUCAGUCAGUACAGAAAGUCAUUUGUCAUGGCAUAGGGUUGGCAGAGCUGCUCCCAUGACGUGCUUUCUUGGGUGCCCUGGGAACCCUGGAAUGGAGUGAAAUGCUGUAGCCCAGGCGGCUGCUAAAGAUGGUGGAGGGGCAGGUCCUGGUGCUCGAUGGCUGAGGCCAUCUCCUGGGCCGCCUGGUGGCCAUCGUGGCCAAACAAGUGCUUCUGGGCCGGAAGGUUGUAGUUGUAUGCUGUGAAGGCAUCAACAUUUUUGGCAAUUUCUACAGAAACAAGCUGAAGUACCUGGUCUUCCUCCACAAGUGCAUGAACACCAACCCAUUCCGUGGCCCCUACCACUUCCAAGGACCCAGCCGCAUCUUUUGGCAGACAGUGCGAGGCAUGCUGCCACACAAGACCAAGCAAGGCCAGGCUGCCCUGGACCACCUCAAGGUGUUUGAUGGGAUCCCGCCACCCUACAACAAGAAAAAGCAGAUGGUGGUUCCUGCUGCCCUCAAGGUGGUGCGCCUGAAGCCUACACGGAAGUUUGCUUACCUUGGGUGCCUGGCUCACGAGGUUGGCUGGAAGUACCAGGCCAUAACAGCCACCCUGGAGAAGAGAAAGGAGAAGGCCAAGAUCCAUUACCGGAAGAAGCAGCAGCUCAUGAGGCUACAGAAACAGGCCGAAAAGAAUGUGGAGAAGAAAAUUGAUAAAUACACAGAGGUCCUCAAGACGCAUGGACUCCUGGUCUGAGCGCAAUAAAAUUGUUAUUCCUCAUGCUUGGCCUGGCCUGCCCUUCCUCCAUCGCCGCCUGGGGCUUAGAAUGCUGGGAACACAGAAAGGGCUUUAGUCACUGCUGUUAAUUAAGAAAGGCCUUCUUAAAAGGUUAAAAAAAAAAAACUCUAAGAGCUUUGAGGCAUAAUUGCCUGUGACCUGCUCAUUUCUGAGAGUUCUAAGAAAUUGAUAGUUGGAACAACUAUUUCACUGUUGGCAAGAGAUCUGGAGAAUGUUUGGAGGGGAGCCCUGUGUUGUGAAUGGGGUGUGUUUAAACUCUGCAGCUGUUAGGGUGUGAGGAUGCUGAGGGCCAAGCCUGGUGUUGUACAGAGGAGGUAGUUCAUCUGGAACUUCCCUGGGAAGUACAGCCAAGGGGUCUCAGGCACUGCCCUUGUGUUUUCCCUGUAUUUUGUGAUCCAAAACUAAUCAAUUAUUUUAAAGAAAAAUAAAAAAGAAAUGCUGUAGGUUGCUCCUGCUGCUGUGAAUGUCCUAAUAUGUCACAGUUGCUCAAGGAAACUAUUCAGAUACUUAGCCUCAAUAAGCACCAAUAAAGGGACACCUGGGUGGCUCAGUUGUUGGGUGUCUGCCUUCGGCUCAGGUCAAAAUCCCAGGGUUAUGAGAUCAAGCCUCACAUCGGUCUUCAUGCUCAGCAGGGAGUGUGCUUGAAGAUUCUCUUCCUCUACCCCUUCCCCCACUCACGCUCUCUGUCUCUCUCUCUAAUAUAAUAAAUAAAUAAAAUCUUUUUUAAAAUAUUAAGAGAUUAAUAUCCAAAGUACACGUUUCCCCCACUAUCUGAAAGUUUGCUUUACAACACUGCUUUUACAACACUAAAGAUCUACUUUAGUACCUGUUUUCACUAACUAAAAAAAUCUGAAGAGGAUUGUGCCUUUUACAAAAUGAUAGUUGCUUCUUUGUUUUAUACCAUUUCAGCUUACAAAAGGUUUCAUAGGCAUAUUCUACUUUUGGAUAGCAGGGGAAGCCUGUAUAUGGAGAACUCCUUAAAACUCAACAAGAAAGGGGUGCCUGGCUGGCUCAGUUGGAGGAGCAUGCGACUCUUGGUCUCAGGGUUAUGAGUUCAAGCCCCAUGUUGGGUGUAGAGAUCACUUUAAAAAAAAACUUAAAAAGAAAAACUCAAUAAGAAAGCAAACAACCUAAUUCAAAAAUGGACAAAACACACUUGAAUAGGCAUUUCUCCAAAGAAAGUACACAAAUGGCCAAUAAGCACAUGAAAAGAUGCUCAAACUCACCUAGGGAAAUACAAAUCAAAACUACAAAGAGAUACAAUCUCUCACCCAUUAGGAUGGCUAUUAUACAAACAAACAAACAAAAAACAGAAAAUAAGUGUUGGUGAGAUGUAGAGGAAUUGGAACACUUCUGCACUGUUGGUUGGAAUAUAAAAUGGUGUAGCCACUGUGAAAAACAGGAUGGUGACUCUUAAAAACUUUUUGAAAAUUACCAUAUAAUCCAUAAAUUCCAUUUCUGGAUAUAUACUCAAAAUAAUUGAAAGCAGGAUCUUGAAGAGAUAUUUGUAUACCCAUGUUCAUAGCAGCAUUAUUCUCAAUAGCUAAAACAUGGAAGCAACCCAAGUGUCUGUUUAUGGAUGAAUGGAUAAACAACGUGAUCUGUUCAUACAAUGGAAUGUUAUUCAGCCUUAAAAAUGAAGAAAAUUCUGACACCUGCUACAAUGUGGAUCGGUCUUAAGGACAUUAAGCCAGUCAGAAAAAGACAAGUACUGUAUAAUUCCACUUAUAUGAGGGACCUAGAAUAGUCAAAAUCAUAGCAACAGAAAGCGGAAUGGUGGUUUCAGGGGCUGAGGGGAGUGGAGAAUGACAAGUUAUUGUUUAAUGGAUACUGAGUUUCAGUUUUGGAAGAUAAGAGUUAUGGAGAUAGAUGGUGGUGAUGGUUGUACAACAAUAUUAAUAUACUUAGUACCACUGAAUUAUACACUUAAACAUGUUUAAGAGUAAAUUUGAUGUUUUAUGUGUUUUACCACAAUUUAAAAAAUGAGAAAAAAUUUAAGCUGAGAAAGUUCUCUGUUGAGGGUCCUUGGUGUCCACCACAUAAACCUUCUUCUGUUCAUCCUUAAAUGCUACUUCUGAGUAUCUAUUAAUGCUAGAUUCCUCUGUGUAAUAUAGAAAAAAAUCCUUUCAGAUUGGGAUGUUAGAACUGCACCAUUUCUCCUUGGUCUUAUUACUGUCUUUAGUUUUAUCUUUUAAAAAUAAAUCAAGAAUCAUUGACCUAAUUAUUAAAUUUGAAAACAGGCUGUUAUGUAAGCUAUAGAUGAAGAGAGAAACAGCAUGAAAAGAGCUCUACUGACACUGAAGCCUAGUGCACUCACUUGGAGUGACAGAUGGAAACUGCCCUCAACGGAAUUACAACCAAGACUACAAAUGUUGUGCAGAGGAAACUUACACAUGAAAACUGAAUUGUUUCUGACAUCAGUCAGACUGAAAAAGCAUCGGUUCACAGACCCCCAAGUUUAUGCAGAGGACCAGGAAAUGAGUUUGACACCAAGUACUAAGGAGAGCCUGAGUUCCUGCCCCUGUCCAGCCAUUCACCCAAGUUCCCUGAACCUUGUCAUUAGCCAGAAACUAGAGGGGGCUGGCUGGGUGGUGCCUGAGCUUCCUUUCCGCCCUCAGAUUCUAGACCCUAACACCUGUCAGUAACCAGGCAGAGAAUGCACUGGGUUACUGGCUCAGCAGUUCAAACUACCUGGGGCACUGAAAUGCAUUUGUGUUUCUUUUAUAAUGAGGCCCUCUUUUCUGUUCUUUCCCUUUUCUAUCCUAUUUACCAAAACAAACAUUGCCAUACAAACCAUGAUGUAAGGAGAACCCACCCACUAGGUUUUAUGUACACACAUCCCCAUUUUGCUCUCAAGGACCAGCAGUUCUUUCCUUUGUGGUGUUACAACAAAGCAAGAGUUGGAUUUUAGGGGCGCCUGGGUGGCUCAGUCGUUGGGCAUCUCCCUUUGGCUCAGGUCAUGAUCCCAGGGUCCUGGGAUCCAGCCCUGCAUCGGGCUCCCUGCUCCACGGGAAGCCUGCUUCUCCCUCUCACACUCCCCUUGCUUGUGUUCCCUCUCUCGCUGUGUCUCUCUCUGUCAUAUAAAUAAAUAAAAUCUUUAAAAAAAAAAAAGAAGAGUUGGAUUUUAAGUGGAGAAUGAAAGGGGGAUCAGUUGAGCUAGCAUGCAGUUGUGAAAAGUUCAUCAUGAGGGGUCAUUUUUAAUUAUUACACAAAUAUAUGAGAUUGAAAUAUGAUGUCAAAUAAAAAUAUUUAGUUACCAAAACAGAAGAAACAACAUCUGGGAAGUGGUAAGAGUUAGAUAUCCAGAAGUAUAAGUCAGGAAGAGAGGCUCUCUAUGGCAUAUAGAAAACUGCAGAACUACUCUAUGCAUGCAAAAAUGAGUGACAAUAGCUACCUUCAAGCACUUUGUAUUUUCUACCAAUUCACCUGCAGCCUUCUUCACAUUGAUCCUUUUGAUUAUUCAACCUAGACUGGGCCCCAGAACAUGACAACCUAACUUGUGAGGUAGAGAGAGAGGAAAAGGUUGGGAACCAAUCUUUACCUAAAAGAGUUUUAAUAGCUGAGGCAAUUGGAAGGUAAUUUUCUCUGUGAUAUUCCUGGUAUCCCUGAGAGGGGAAGUAUAAUUUUAGGUACAUACUGACAAAAUUUGAAUACAAGUUAAUUAGAUUAAAGUUACAGUGUCUUUUAGAGAUAAAAUUGAAGGACCCUAUAGUUAUUGUUUUGGCAAAGGAUGCAGUGUAUGGGUACUCAAACUUUAUUGAGACAGAAACAAACCAUGAUUUAUGAUUUUAUGAUUUAUUUUAUCAUGUGGCACCUAAUGUAUCAGAUGACUUUUGAAAACAGUGUUUUGGUUUGAUAGAUGUUAGGAAUUGUCUUAGUCUGUUCAGGAAGCUAUAACAAAAUAGCACAGACUGGGUGGCUUGUACACAGCAGACACAGAUUUCUGACAGUUGUGGAGCCUGGAAGUCCAAGGUCAAGUGCUGGCAGAUUCCGUGUCUGGUUCACAGACGGCCAUCUUCCCACUGUGCCACUGUAUCAUUGCAUAUGGUGGAAGAGGUGAGAGAUCUCUCUGGGGUCUUGGGUCUCUUUUAUAAGGUCGCUAAUCCCAUUGUCUGCACACAAACAUUCAGUCUGCUUAUAGCAGUGUUAUAUACAAUUUCCAGUUUGCCUUGUUAACAGUAGAAGAGAGUGGGAUGGAAGCUUUACUUCCAGCUUCUGGAAAAGUGGGUUCAAAGAAGGUCCACCAAAAUGAAUGACAUUUUCCUUUCUUCACACAGGUUUUCUCCUAGGGUGCCAAGAUCUU